GUAUGCGACGCGAACAAACCUACCAUGGUCGGCAUGGUCCAUGGUUUGCCAUCCAGUAUCCAGUCAUGCUUAUUGAUACGCAUGGAAGCCGUAUCGUCCUUGGCGGAUGCCAUUUACUGAAAAAAAGAUACACAUGAAAGUAUGUAAAUCAUCAGUAUGUAAGUGAUUUCUCAUCAUUAUUCCAAAUUUCACGUUACACAUGAGAUAUGUCGCGGCAUCGAGACGUCCGUUCUAUGAAUUACUCGGAUGAGUAUGACGGCUAUGAUGAUGUUUACGGGCAUUCAAUGGAGGAUGAUUAUUGUGUAUCACCUAGUGUGGAGCAGUUUUUAUUUGAUCGAAGCAAACAACAGAAUAUUGCUUCAUUCAUCACAGAACCAGAUAUAGUGGAAGACAAUGAAGAUAUCGAUGAAUCUUUGCCAUCGUCCGACAAAGAUAAAUAUAACCUUUCUGAAUUGGAAAGGACAAAGUUAGUAUCUUGUUUGGAAACAAUUAGAAAUGUUAUAGGUGACAUGGUAUCUGAUUCUAAACUGAAGGAGAAGAUUAUUCUGUCAAAUUUUGAUGCAAAUACAGCACUCGAUGCUAUUUUGAAGGAGUCGUCGCCGAAAAAAGACAUUGAUUCUGUGGUGAAUAAGAAACGAUUGGAGCUGCAUUCAGGUAACAAAUUAUCAGCGAAACCUACAUUGCAAGUUACAACGCCGUCUACCGUAAAGGUCGUACCGACCGGAACGAAACCUAUUGUGAAGGGUUUUGAUUUAAGUGGUGUAGAAAAUACAGAUUUAUUGAGUCCACGUUGUGGGAGUCCUUCUUCCAAUCGAAAUAGUCCUGAGAUAAAACGUAAAGAGGAUACCAUACAAAAGGAGAAAAGAACAGUCUCGUCGAAAACGAAUAGUCCAAGAUGUCAGUCACCCGUGUCGGGCCAUGUAACACCGGAAUUAGACUGUAAAGUAAAAUUUAAUGCAUCUAACGAGGAGAAAGUGGACGUCGGAGCGAUAUACAAAAGUAAAAGAGGCGAUAACAAGGAGCAGCUUUAUUUGGUGGUCGUGGGACAUGUUGAUGCUGGAAAAAGCACAUUGCUUGGGCGACUACUUUGCGAUUUGGGUCAAGUGCCACAAAGACUUAUUCAUAAAUAUCAACAAGAGAGUAAAAAGAUAGGAAAGCAGUCAUUUGCCUAUGCUUGGGUGCUCGACGAGACUGGUGAAGAAAGAGAGCGAGGGAUAACAAUGGACAUAGGCCACUCGAAGUUCGAAACAGACACAAAAUCUAUCACUCUCCUAGAUGCACCUGGUCACAAGGAUUUUAUUCCGAAUAUGAUAAGUGGCGCUACGCAAGCGGAUGUAGCUUUGUUGGUAGUUGAUGCAACCAGAGGCGAAUUUGAAACUGGAUUUGACAGUGGAGGACAGACGCGCGAACACGCCCUAUUAUUACGUUCUUUAGGAGUGUCGCAACUAGCAGUAGUUGUUAAUAAGCUGGAUACCGUAAAUUGGUCUAAAGAUAGAUUCAAUGAGAUAGUGGACAAAAUGAGUGUGUUUCUGAAACAAGCUGGCUUCAAGGACACCAUCACUUUCGUACCUUGCAGCGGUUUAUCCGGAGAAAACAUAGUAACAAAGCCAAAGGAGCAGCUCUCUAAUUGGUAUACCGGACCUACUCUAGUCAACGUUAUCGAUAAUUUCAAGUGCCCAGAGCGGCCUAUAAGUAAACCGUUCCGUUUUUCGAUAAACGAUAUAUUUAAGGGCACCGGAUCUGGAUUCUGUGUAUCCGGUCACGUUGAAACGGGCAUGGUAUCCUUAGGUGACAAGGUUUUAAUACUACCUCAAAACGAGAUCGCAGUUGUGAAAGGUCUCCAAUCGGAUGAAAUUUCGACAGCAAACGCUUUCGCCGGUGAUCACGUUGCGCUUACAUUAGCGGGGAUCGAGCAGCAAAACGUGGGUAUUGGUGAUAUCAUCUGUAAUCCGCAGAAUCCGGUACCUGUAACGACCUGCUUUCAAGCGCAUGUUGUUAUAUUCGCGAUAGCGAAACCGAUCACGAAAGGGCUUCCAGUGGUGAUGCACCAGCAGUCUUUGGUACAGCCGGCGGUUAUCACGAAAUUAAUAGCGCAACUUCAUCGAAGUACCGGCGACGUGAUCAAAAAGAAGCCGCGUUGCUUACCGAAAAAUUCUAGCGCGAUCAUUGAGGUCGCAACGCAAACACCAGUCUGCAUGGAGUUGUACAAGGAUAUUAAACAACUAGGUAGAGUUAUGUUGCGAUUAGAAGGUACCACUAUUGCGGCUGGUCUGAUUACGAAGAUUUUGUAAUUCUGAUGAUAUAAAUGUAGUCUCGAAUAACGUAAAGUAAUUUAUAUACAUGUAGAAGAAUUGUACGUAGAUCUAACAUAUACAUAUAGUAUUUAUAUACAUCACACAAAAUGACAUAUAUAAACUCCGUAGGUUGUUAGUUUAUGUACCGCGGUCAAUAAUGCCUUCCACCUGAAGUUAGCUGCGUUCUAUAGUACAUGUAACGUGCACUAUAGAAAUCCCUGGAAAACAGCUACUUUAUUGACCGCGACAAGAGUACAGAGAACUUUACUCAAUUACUUAAUUACUUAAGACUUUUUCUUAAUAUAUCCUAUAGUAUAUUUGUAAUUGUUUAUAUCUUGAACGAGCGAAAUUAAUUUAGAAUGUCUAA